AUGGCUUUGGCUCCAUCGAUUUGGCCCCCUGUUGACCCUGCUAAAGGGGAGUUCAGGAUUUUGGUUCUUGAUGAUUAUGAUGAUCCUGACGAGGCCAUCUCUGGACACCUUCAGAUAGCCUCUGUACACGAUAAUGCCGUGUACGACGCUAUUUCGUACGCAUGGGCGGAUGCGGGAGAUUUCAGGACGAUAUAUAUCAAUGGUCAACAGCAUGCCGUGGCAUCGACUUUGACGAUCAACAUGAGGCAUUGCCAAAUCAAAACGGGAACCAAAGCAUUUUGGUGUGAUGCUAUCUCCAUCAAUCAACUUGACAACGACGAGAAGAGUCAACAGAUUCAGAUCAUGCACCAUAUCUUUGCCGGCGCAAGAAUCGUCCGGGUCUUCUUCAAUCCGGAUUCGAGCUAUUCACCUUACGUUGAACGAGCUGUUGACGUACUCUUGCAGACAGUCGAGCACAGCGACCUCCAAGCCGCCGAGAUCGAUGGACAGCCCAUGAACGCGACACACAUAGAAUGGCUGUCGGGGCUCCGGCAUGAUGCAUGGUGGACGAGAGUUUGGGUUGUUCAAGAAUUCGUUCUGGCCAAAGAGCUUGUGUUUCAAUUCCGAGACAAGUUCUUUGAUGUCGAGGUAUUGAACAAACCCAAGAUCAGGCAAUUACCCCUCGCCCUGUCAAUGUUCCAGGUUGGGGAGUCCAGGUUGUCGACUGAGCUUCUACAAAAAUGCUGCCGAUCAUUCGCGCAAGGUGUGAACAAUCUCCUCUGGUAUCGGAACUUCCCACUCGACAGACGGCAUGGCUUGGAGGAGAAACACAUGUCUUUGCUGACGAACAUCCUUUUCGAAAUCAGACGUCGCCACGUUACCAAUCCCAAGGACCGUAUUUUCGGCAUUCUGGCUCUGGUCAAUCGCAUCCUCGGAAGUUCAUUAAUAGAGCCAGACUACACCAAGGAGCUCCGUGACAUUUUCGCGCUCUUUACUUUCGAGCUAAUCGAGAAGUCGAGGUCUUUGAUAUGGCUUCUGCAGUGUCAUCAUACGACGAACAGUCUCAUCGGCUUGCCGUCGUGGGUCCCGGAUUAUUCCAGCCGCUACAAUUUCGAGGUCGAACAAGGCCGUGCUGAAUUUCUUAUCUGGUCACGCUUUGAUGCGUCGCUUGGCUCCGUGGCCUCGGCAAAACUGCUCCAGCACUCCAAUACCCUAUCUCUUCGCGGCGUCCUGGUCGAUACCGUUGCACAUGUAGGUCAUUUUCACGACCGAAGGGCAGGCGCUCGAUAUCUAUGGCACCUGCAAGCGUUGAUGCGGUGGGAAGCCCUUUGCAGGGAAGUCUUUGACCGUAUCGAAUCUGCGGACUAUAUCUGUGGGAAUCAGACCGUCUGGAAAGCAUAUUGCAAAGCUGUGACGGGCCGCCUUUCCAAGCCGGACUUCUCAUACGACCCAGAAUUGAAGUACAAAUAUUGCACGGCGGAAUUCGGAGCCCAUCAAGAUAAAAUAGCCGAUCAUGAUGGGAAUAACCGCGUGUUUGAACAGGUGCUCAAGACCAUAGCGAGAAGGUGCCUUGCGAUAACAAACAAAGGCUACAUUUGUCUCGCACCUCCGAGCACCAAAGAGGGGGACGCGGUCUAUAUCCUUGCCGGGGGCAAGGGACCUUUUGUCUUACGUCCAGUCUGUCCGGACGAGAAGGUCCGGCUGCCGUCUCAGAACUCUUAUAAUCCCUUCCACAUGGCAGUCGGCUACAAGUCCAAACUGACGAGCACUCAAUGCAGACUUAUUGGUGACUGCUAUGUGGAAGGGGUUAUGAAAGGAGAGUUCAUCAAGGAUCACGGCCUUGGUCUAGACGACUUUGAGGAUGUGGUUUUGGUGUGA